AUGGUUGGUGCGGUUGGGUUUCGUAGGUCAGAGCCUCAUGAGUUGAGUGGCACAUGGCAUGUGUCGCAUGGUGGCGCGGUGGUCAACGUGGGGGAGAUUACAUCGGUGACUCCAUUCAAGAUGGCUUUUCUCAUGCUUUUGGGCUUUUUCUUCCAGCAGCUGCAAAUGGGCUGGGCCGUCGUAAAAGGGAAAUUGCUGAAAUUGCCCCCUGUGUCUGAGUUCGAAAAUCAAACCUCAAAAGCGCUUCGAAAGGGUAGUAGAGCCUUAGGAAGCGUUCUGAUAAAUUUUCUAGCUUGGCAUGAGAGGCUUGUGGCAUGGAAGCAAAAUCAGCAUGAGUUUAGCACCAAAGAGGAAAAUAUGGCUUCCUAG